CAAUUACAAUAUAUAAAAUAUUGCGAUUGAAAUCGACUCCCAUAUAAAUAACGGUGGUAUUAUUAGUGAGUGAUUGUGAAAUAAUACUUUAAUAGAUCGGAAUGAACUCAAAAUGGAAGAAGAAUUAAGAUGUUUUGUUUGUAAAGAAUUCUACAAAGAACCAGUAUUACUACCUUGUGGGCACGCAUUGUGCCGUGCUUGUGCAGUUGGCCUACAAAGUCAUUUACCUGAGGCAGACAAUGCCUCGGGUACUGCAACUGACUAUCAGGAGGCAGAUAAGGCAUCUGUGUCGAGCGAAACCGAUAGCGGUGUUGUUUGUGGAUCAAGACCUAAUAGUUUCGCGGGAACACCGGCUGCUGCAGUGUAUACGUCGGCAGCGUUCAGCCUGUUGUGUCCGCAAUGUAACAAACAAGUUUUUUUGGACGACAAUGGAGCCGAGGGGCUACCACCUUUUCGAGUGAUGCGUACCAUCGUAGAGCGAUUCGGUGGUGUAGUAGGGGCGCCGCCUGCAGAAGAAGCUUGUCAGAUGUGUGAAGGUGAAAGACGAGCGGCUGUUGUUCGAUGCGAACAAUGUUCAGUGAGGUAUUGUGCCGGUUGUCGUGACGCCUGGCACCCUACUCGCGGUCCUCUCGCGCAGCAUGAGUUACGCGCCCUGGGGACCACUUGUUCAGACCAUGGAUCGCCACCAGUUCUGUACUGCAACACAUGUUUAGUGCCAAUUUGCCAGCGCUGCCUUGCUGAACGACACUCCUCCCAUGAAACACAGCAGCUUUCCAGUGCAGCUAGAGCUCAUAAGACUGAAUUAUCACAAUCACUACAGCAGCUUUCAGAACAAGCAAAAGCCAUGACUGAAUAUAUUCAGCUAGUCAAAGGGUCUGGAGAUAAAAUUAAUGAAUCAUGUGAAGAACUAGAAAGACAAAUAGACCAGGCCUGUGUAGAAGUAACCCGUGCAAUAGACCGACGCAGAGAUGAAUUGAUCAGAGCUGCUCGGAAUACCCGUUCACAAGCCAUUGCAAAUAUGCGCUCACUCACUUCCCAUGCUGCACAGAAAUUGCGUGAAGCCACUGCUUUACUGCAUUUUUCUAUAGAAGCACUGAAGGAAUCAGAUCAUGCUGCUUUCUUACAGGUGGGGAACAUCCUGUCGGCUCGUGCGCAGGAGACGGCCGCAGGUCUCUGCUCGUCACUUGACCCGCCACCUUCCCCGCCCGCCCUAACGCUCGACAUCGAGCCAGUGAUACGCACAGUUAGGACUAUGAAUUUCGUUGAAUGUAUACCGCCGGGCGCGCCCGAGAUGGCGGUGGAGGCGUGCGCGGCGCGUGGCUGCUCGUGCACGCUGGCGUGGCGCGCGCCCGCCGCACCCGCCGCCGUGCGCGGGUAUGUGCUCGAGCUCGACGACGGCCUCGGCGGACCAUUCCGGGAAGUGUACUGCGGGCGCGAGACGGUGUGCACGGUGGACGGGCUGCAUUACGCUUCGCUGUACAGCGCGCGAGUCAAGGCAUUCAACGGUGCCGGCGAGGGGCCCUACAGCGAGGUCAUCGGGCUGCAGACCUCGCCCGUGGCGUGGUUCGCGUGGGACUUGCGGUGCGCGGGCGCGGAGGACGCGCUGUGUCUGAGCGCGGACGGGCUGAGCGCGCGCGCCGCGGGCUGGCAGCCGCGCGUCGUGCUCGCCGACCAGCCGCUGGCGCGCGGCGUGCACUACUGGCGCCUGCGUCUCGACGCGCACGACGGCGACGCGGACCCCGCAUUCGGCAUCGCACGCGCCGAUGUCGCCAAGGACAAAAUGCUCGGUAGCGACGCACUGGGGUGGGCGAUGUACAUCGACAGCGCUCGGUCGUGGUUCGUGCACGGCGGGGCGCACGGCGGGCGCGCGGAGGGCGGCGUGACGCGCGGCAGCACUGUCGGCGUGUUGCUCGACCUCGGGCGCGGCACGCUGCGCUUCACAGUCGACGACCGCCCGCAGGGUGACAUAGCGUUUACUGGUCUGCGCGGCGCGUUCUACCCGGCCGUGUCGCUGAACCGCGGCGUGGCCGUCACUCUGGAGCCAGGCCUGCAGCCGCCGCCGGAACUGCUCAUGGACGCACUCACCAUUGAGUAACACACCAUACUCUGUCAUCUCCUGUCAAAAGCAAGCGCAAGUACAUUUUAUAUGUACAAAUUGGACUUGUUUAUCGAUAAAUGUUGAAAGUGGAUUAGGAAAAAUUGACUUGUGCUUAUUAUCCUCCACGGCCGAUGAUAGCUUUUGAUGAUCUCUAUAGAGGCAUGUUUUAAAUUAAUUGUUGAAAACCCUAGAUAUUGCCACUUUAAAUUCAAAACAAACAUAUUUAAUACAAUUUGUUUGCGAAAAUUAUUGUUUACACAUGGCCUAGGCGAUUUACUUACGACACUUCCCGCCCUUUUUGUGACUAACAUGAUAACAUUUUAAAAUUAAUUUAGAAAAAAAUAACUCCGUUACUUUGUAAAAUGUGUGAUGAGUUUUAACAUAGCUUUAUGAUAAGUGUGACUAAGCGUGAUUUGUAUUGAUGCUGAGAGGAGAGAAUGUGCCAUGACCGAGCAAUCAUAGUCCGUUAUUUGACAUAUACAAAAAUUUGUUUGA